CCUUAGGGCAUUGGCGAUAACGAAAUGCUGCAAGAUUAGUAACCUAGUAGAUCAUUUCAGCUCGAUCUAUGAUGGGUAUUCAUAACACCAUUCAUUCAACCUUUGUGGCUUUCCUUCAGACGGGCGGGCUGGAAUUUUAAGGUUUGAAAAUACGGCGGCCAUACGUCGGCACAGAUUUUUAUCAGAGCACAAUGCACAUAAUCGCAUUGGUUCUGAAAUGAGCCAUGGGAUGAUGCCAAGAAAUCUUAAAGUCCCUCGAGGUUCCAGGAAAUCGGUCGACGACGAGGUAAAAGAUCUGAUGAAUGAAGAUUUCAACCUUGGCACUCUCAAAAGAAAUUUCUGGCAUGUUUCAUACCUACGAAAGAAACAAAAUAGGGCCUUUCAUGCUUUCUGGAAGCACCAAAUUUAACAAAGUUCACGACCCCUAUUCAGCAUCAAUUUUCUCAUUCUUGGCACUUACGUUUCACGGCGUUGACCCAAAUUACAAUGAGCAUUGGCAAAUGCUUCACGAUUUCGGACAAUUACAAAUGAUAUGCCAAGUGAUAUUGAUAGAUAGAUCCACCAAGACGGCAUGUUCGACGAUCCAUACCCGUAAUUCUUCAGUAUAAGUAUUUAGCUAUGUUCUUUCAUUGUCUGUUUUACUUGGCUUGAUCUAUCUCUAUUCAUUCUUCUAGAACCUAUAAACAAAGCAGUGAUGUUUUCUAGAGAUAUUCUCCCAACUUUGGCGAUUGUCACUGGUGCCUUGGCCCAAGAAUCAAUAUAUACCUACACCGCCGAUACAAUCACUACAUUGGACUUGUACAAUGUUAGCAAUACCUCACCAUUUCAAGUCUACAAUGGAUCUUUCACUUCAAUUCUUGGAGACGCGCCAGCGAUUAGCAAUAUCAUAAAUUCUUCUUUCCCUCAAUUCCAUGAAGCCGCCAUCUUUUUCGAUGAAUCAACUCUUUUCGUCACGAGUAACCAAUAUGCCUCCAAUACCAGUUCUGCUGCCACUAACAACAAGGCCAUCUCCAUCACUCGUUUAGACAAAUCCGGUGAUUCAUGGAUCGCUACAGUUAUUGAGCCAGAAGGAACCCUUACCCUCGCAAACGGAGGAGCAAAAUACAACGAUGGUCUCGUAAUCUGCGACCAAGGAUCCAUGACCGCACCCGGUGGUCUUGUCUUUAUGAAUGCUACAGCUCCAUAUACUGCCAAAACCCUCAUCAACAACUACUACGGCGUUGAAUUUAACUCGCCCAAUGAUGUCCACGUGACAAGCGACGGAGCUCUAUGGUUCACAGAUCCAUCAUACGGUUCAUGGCAAGGAAUCCGCCCUCAACCCUUGCUUCCACCUCAGGUCUACCGCUACAUGCCAGGUACAAAUGACAUCCGUGUCGUUGCUGAUGGCAUCCAAGAACCAAAUGGUAUCACAUUCAGUCCCGAUGAGAAAACCGCUUACAUUACCGACGGAGCCGGCAAUUCCACUGCCCCUACUGCACCAAGAGCUAUCUACGCAUAUGACGUUAUAACUCGAGGAGGUGAACCAGCUCUUACCAACAAGAGAAUCUUCGCAGUACCACAAUCAGGUCUUCCAGAUGGAAUUAAAACUGAUGAGGCAGGAAAUGUAUAUGCAGGAUGUGGAGAUGGAGUCAAUGUCUGGAACGAGGGAGGUGUUUUGCUCGGCAAAAUUGCAGUAGCCGGUGGUUCCGCGAACUUUAUUCUCGGAAAUGAGGGAGAUAAAAUGCAAGUGUGGUUAUUGAACGAGAACAAACUUUGGCAAGCCAGUUUGGGUUUGUAUAAUGGUGUGGAUGGUAUUGAUUCCGCGAUGAAUGGCACAGUCAGGAGAUAAUUUGGGAUCUUGUAGUAUUGAAAAUUGUAGUAUUAUGGAGGAAUGAUGGCAUGUUUUAAAAGUGUAAUUAUAUAAAAUUAGUCGCGAGUGUGGAUACUGGGUAUAUCUACCUAGUAUGUAUGUUAAGUAGGCAGUUAAUAUGAACCAAAUACCUACUAUAAUCAAAUAAACUUUCCAUUUAUGCAUCUCCUUCAUCCCAUGCACAACAUACCUACAUACAUGAAUCCAUCCAUCAAUCCAUCCAUCAAUCCAUGAGCAAAAACACCUCCUCAAAUCAUCAACCAACCAACCACCCCGCCGUCUCCGGCGCCUCCCGCGCCUCCCAAGUCUCAACCCCCAAGUCUCACGAUAUUUCCCCUCUUACAUUAUUUGUGGAGAGAGAGAGAAGAGC